UGUGUUGCUAGAGUUAUGGAGGAGAUGACUUUUCUAGUUAGUUAAUUUUGAUUUAGUUAUAUUUUUUUGGUCAGUAGUUAUUUUUAGCAUUCAGUUAAUUUUCCAUCCCAUCUUUUUGCGUUUUAGAUUCAUCCACCCCCUGUCUGUUCACAAAACGACCCCAUGAUUCGUCCCUCCACCAUCUGGCUAUCCCCCUACUCAUCCUCUAUAUCGUUCUAUAAGCCAAAAACAUGAUUCUACAACACCUCUUCAGCCAAUACAGUCUGCCCCAACAAAAUCUCUUGUUGAUCCAUCAAAUUCUGAUCGUCCUAAACGUUUGAAGAAAUCAGAUAAUUCUGAAGUUGAUGGGGAUUCUCCCGGUGAUGUUAUCUUAAUUGAUAUUGAAAACAGAUAUGUCCCUGAUUCAAUUUCGCCCUCCCCAGUUCCUGGAAUGCGUAGAUUUUCAUUUCACCGGAAAUCAUCUGGAAAAGAGAAUAUCCCUCCUGCUUCUCCCCAUAGAACUCCUAUUGUGAUGCAAACAUUGGAUUCCACUCCUCAUUCAUCACCAAGGUCAAAGUUCAGUGGCUUCAAAGAAAAUAAAGAAUCAUCUCCUAAAGUCUGCCCAGAUAUCGAGAUUAUCGAUGAGACAACUUUAUCUGACACUGUCAUUCGAAUGACUAAAAGAUCUGAUGAGAUUUAUAAUUCCAAUCUUCAGAAAUCUGGAAACAAUGCAAAUAUAUCUUCAGGUGCUGGUUGUUCUGGCCAUCAUUUCAAUCAUCAGUUCUCUUUACUCUCUCAGCAACACAGGAAAUCUAAUUUAAUAACUGGUGGCAAAUUGCCUAUUCAUGGUCCGAGGAGGUUUUCAAAACCAGCCCCCAUUUCAAACAGUGGCUUUGUUCCUGCUUCUAACGUUUUUGCUAUUUCUAAGUCUGAGGAUGAGAAUUAUAACAUCAUUUGUAAAUUGGCUUCAUCUCAGUACCAAUGGUUUGUAUUCCAUUUAUAUCUUCAUUUGUUCAGUUUUUUUUCUUGUUGCUCCUAAUGAAGCCUGCAGGCCUUCUUUGGUUAAGUCUUUUUCCAUGAUUUUUGUUUUCAAAUUCUUUUUUCAGUGAGAAUGCUGUUAAUAUCUUUGGAGUUCGAUGCACGUUCUGGUCUCUUGGCGAUUCAUUGAAGCCUGGUGGUUUCGUCGAGUCUUUUGUUGUUUUUGCUUUUUGCUUCAGUCUAUUCCAAAAGCCCAAUGGCCAUCCUGACAGUUCAAAGAGGCAUUAUUUCUUCCCAAAC